GUGACGCCGUUUCGCCUCGCGCCGUCUCCGGCGGGGGCGACUGAGGCCCUCCGUUGGGCUCCUGCCUGGCUCCGCCCUCCCACCUUGCGGCCUCGGCUCUGCCCACGGCGACCCAUGUGUGGCCGCCGGCUUCUGCGCUCGCCGUUGCUCGGAGUCGUACUGUCGGGAGCCAUGGAGCCCCGGGCGGAGGGCUGCGGGCCUCGUUGCCUGCGGGUGUCGGCGGUGCCGGGGGCCGACGCGCGUCGUUGCAACGAGCUGCUUCUGCAUGUGGCGGCUGGCCAGGGGUGCCCCGCGAAUGGCGAGGAGGAGCCGCUGCCUCAGCACCACGUGGUCUACUUCCCCGGGGACGUGCAGAAUUACCAUGAGGUUAUGGCCCGUCAUCCUGAGAAUUACCAGUGGGAGAGCUGGAGUCUCGAGAAUGUUGCGGCCAUUCUAGCCCGUCGGUUCCCGGGCAGUUACAUUUGGGUGGUAAAGUGCUCCCGGAUGCACCUGCACAAGUUCAGCUGCUACGACAACUUUGUGAAAAGCAAUAUGUUUGGUGCGCCAGAACACAGUGCUGACUUUGGAGCCUUUAAACACCUUUAUACACUGUUAGUUAAUGCUUUUAACUUCAGUCAGAACAGUUUGCUGUCGAUGAAGAAUGGAACGGAUUUGAGUAAGGAUGCCGAGGCCUCUAACUGUAGACCGGAUUCUUCUCACACAACUAAUGGUUGCCAGGGAGAAAAAGAGAGGACCUGUGAAAAAUUGGAAUCUGCCAUGAAUUUUCAUCCACUGUCACUAAAUGUUGCAUCUUUUACUUUGAUUGGAUUCAGUAAAGGUUGUGUAGUUCUGAAUCAGUUGCUUUUUGAAUUGAAAGAAGCCAGGAAAGACAAAGACAUAGAUGCUUUUAUCAAGAGCAUAAGAGCAAUGUACUGGCUAGAUGGUGGUCAUUCCGGAGGAAGCAACACUUGGAUUACUUACCCAGAAGUCUUGAAAGAAUUGGCACAAACAGGGAUUCCUGUUCAUGCCCAUGUGACACCUUAUCAAGUAUGUGAUCCAAUGAGAUCUUGGAUAGGAAAAGAACACAAGAAAUUUGUCCAGAUACUUCAAGAUUUUGGUGUGCAAGUGACUAGCCAUAUUCAUUUUGCCAAGGAAACUCCUUCUAUAGAGAAUCACUUCAGGGUUCACGAAGCAUUCUAAGGCUGAGAAUACUAAUUUGCUUGUUCAAUGGAAAAGCCUAAGCACUUUUGAAUAUUCAGAGAAUGAGGGUGCAUAGAUGUCCUGUCAGUGUGAAUGGAAGGAAAUACACAUUCGUAAGAGAAAAUGUGCGAUAGUAUUCCUUGCUAGUGAAUGUGAACAGUUCUAUUUGGACUGAGGUAGAAGUAGUUCAUUUGAAAUCAAAGGCAGUUUGUUAUAAUUCCUAAGAGGAAAUAUGUAAGACUCUUCAAAAAGGUAAUUAAAAUUGCAACUGUCAGAAAGUUAACUUCAAGUAAUGUAAAUUUUGUUAAUAUCACCAUAACUAGCUAUUCUGGCAUUCAAACCUAACUGGAAACUUAAUGUGUUCAAACAAAGCACAGGCACAGUUAUUUUGGAAUAGCAGAAACUGGCCUCCUGUAUUUUGGAAACAAAUAGAGCCAUUCUUUAAUUUUAUAUCAGUUGUUUUUACCAGAGAGUCAAAAAUAGAUUUGUUUGACAGUAUCCAAGAAUAUGCAGUAAAGUUAUCAUUAUUUUUUAUCACACUUAAAACACUGUGGCUUCAUUUUUAAUCAACAACUUUUGGAUAAGACAUUUGGGAUUUUCUUGAAUCUUGACCCAAACCCAGUUGAUUUAGUACUGUUUACCAGGGCUUAGAUCAAAGUCAGUGCUUCACCAGAAGCAUGAUUUUGUCCGUCAGAAGAAAUCAAGUCUGUGUGGCCAGAAUGCAGAAUUAUAUUGCUAAGUGGGAGCCUUUGAUGACAUGAUUUAAUUUUGACUUAAAAAAUGAAUAUGCUUAAUUUUGCAACAUAAUUUGGGUGGGGUUUCCUUCUUGACCUAGAUGAAUUUUGAAAAACACUGCCUUUUUCUUGACCUAAGCAGAGUUUUGAAAACCAAGAUCUAAUAAUGUAAACCAGCACUGAAACAUAACUAUAGAAUUACAGUCAAAGGUUGAGUAAUUUUUUUUUUUGUUUAUUAGGCUGUUACGGAUUAGGCAGUAACUUAGCAGAGAAAUACCAUGUUGCUUUCUUUUUUUUUUCAAGACUGAAAAAGAUAAUAAAGUUUAGGAUUUUAAUUCCCUGGACCUAAAUUUAUAAAGCGUAUAAAUUUUAAUUCCUUGGUUUCCCCCCCAGAAUUACAUUUUACUAACGUUCUAAAUAUUGACAGGCUUAUCAGAAAGGAUUAUCAAAUACUUAAAAAAAUAUUUUUAAUUCUAUAAAUUACACGUCAGUUAUUGCUCUUUCAUAAGAUGACAAAAUAGUGUUAACAUUGCUCAGUUUCUUUAUAAACCUGUCAUUUUUAAAAGGCCAAAGUCUCAUCAAUAAGUCAGCCUGGACCUAAUAUUUUAUUUCCUUGUUUUAAAAUACCGUGAUUGAUCAGAUUUUUUUAAAUGCCUAAUACUUUUGGUUAAAUCAAUGAGGACCUAAUGCAAAAUAGAUGAGUUGUCUAGUGCUUUAAUGAAAAUGCAGAAAACAUUCAAUUUUAUAAGGAUUAACUGAAAUGAGAGAAGAGAGACCUUUAAAGAGCUGGAUCUAUUAAAAAUGUGAGAUCUAAGAAAGUCAGGGUACUUUAGCUACUCAGUCUAUGAGUGCUUAAAAUUGUGUUCAAUGGAACAACUCACUGGAAACUUGAAACUGCCAUUUCAUCAAAAUAGGACGCAUUCAAGGUGAUCCAGUCAGAUUAUCUUUUAACGUUUCAGUGUUUUUUUCCACAGGCGUAAAAUCAGUGUAAAUGUUAGUAUCUGUCCCAUUGGACUGUUUUGUUGGUGUUGUGAAGUCAACAGAGUAGUCAUAUGAAUAGUGUUAAGUCUUUUUAUUGCUGGAGCAUGAAUGUACAAGUCUAUUAAAAUUAAAGCCUCGAGUCUGUUUGGAGAUGA